CGCAGCAGGGAUGAUACCUCAACAUCCAUCCAACCUGCCGCUGCUAGCAGGUUGGUAGCUAACCGGAGAGUUCAGGGCGGCGCGGCUUCAUCAUGAGGACGUCCCUCCCUCGUUAACCGGCACCGAGGACUCCCACGGCUCCCCACCCAGCUGGACUCAUCGCCCCACCGCGGAAAGCGAGAUGACGACCCGGUCGGAGAGAGAAAAAGCCCAGAAACUGAACGAGCAGCAUCAGGCCAUUCUUACCAAACUGCUGCGAGAAGAGGACAACAAGUACUGUGCAGACUGUGAGGCUAAAGGGCCUCGAUGGGCGUCAUGGAACCUCGGGGUGUUCAUGUGCAUCCGCUGCGCCGGGAUCCACCGCAACCUGGGCGUCCACAUCUCCAGAGUCAAAUCAGUCAACUUGGACCAGUGGACACCUGAGCAGAUCCAGAGUAUGGUGGACAUGGGGAACACCAGAGCCCGCCAGCUGUAUGAAGCCCACCUACCAGAGGGCUUCAAGAGGCCACAGACUGACCAAGCCGUGGAAGUUUUCAUCCGGGACAAAUACGAGAGGAAGAAGUACUACGACCAGGAAGCCUUGGCCGCAGCCUCACAGAAAGCUGAAGCAGCUGCUCCCUCCACCUCGCCUUCCUCCCAGGCUGACAAGACCAGAUCAGAGAAAGAACGUGACAAGAAGAAAGAGGAGAAGAAGAAAGAAAAGGAUGCUGACAAAAUGGAAAGACACAGCAACUCUAAGCAGUUGGAGUGCAGAUCCAGCCCCAAGAAAAGCACAGAACCGGCAGUGGACUUGUUGAGGCUCGAUGCUCCAGAGGGAGAAGGGAAAGGCUCUGAUCACACGGUUCCCGGCGGGAAUGAGCUGGAUCUGUUCGGACCGAUGGUGUCCAACCCGCUUCCCCCCAACAACACAAAGCAUGAUCAGUCAGGUUCCAGUGCAGCUCCUCCACAGGGGGAACCCCCCACUUCCUCCUCCUCUUCCUCCACCUCCUCUUCCUCGACUGCCACAAAGGUGGAGGAGAAGAAGCUUUUAUCUAAGGACUCCAUCCUGUCUCUGUAUGGCAGCAGCUCAGUGGGCAGUCAGCCACAGAGCCAGCCACAGCCGGCUGCUGCAGGACCAGUGGGAUCGUACCUGGGCCAGCCUCAGAUACAGUUCAACCCACCAGGUUUCCCUCCAGCGAUGGGAGGAAACGUCCCAACCACGGCCGUGAUGGGUGGCGGUUCGCCGAUGUCCGGCGUGACGCUGCCGAACGGCGGCUACCUGGCAGGGAUGCCGGCCAGCCAAGGACAGAACCUCUACAACAUGCAGCAAGGACUGCAGCAGCCGCAGCAGGGACAGUGGAACAUGAGCCAGCAAAUGUCUAGCAUGGGUUUGGGUGGCGGAGGACCAGCGGCCGCCGCGCCUACAACCGGUUGGUCCGCUUCUCCAGCGCCAGCUUCGGGUCAGACCCUCAGCACUCAGCUGUGGAAGUGACCUGGACCAAGUUCAGAGGAUGCAGUGGGAGGCGGGGUGGCACCAGACUGAUUUACUCUCCUGUAUGCACAACAUUGCUAUAACUACUAAUAAUAAUUUAACAACUUAAAAAAAAAUAUGAAGAAAGAUCGCAGCUGUGUGUUCACCGUCUUUCCAAAUGUUCCUCCUUUGAUCCGUCCUUUGUUGUUGUUGUCUGAAAAAAGACAAAACAGACUAACAGGCAGGAAGCUGCUAACGCUAACGUAAGCCUUUAUCAUUACAGAAACGUAGAGUUAGUGAAUCGUGGUUCAGUACCUACAGUAGAUAUGGAUAUCUUGUUGUUGGUCUAUGCUUCCCGCCUCACUCUGUAAUGUACAUUGAACUCUUCUCUCUUCCACUGACUCCCUCUAUUGAGCCAACAGAAGCACACAGCAGAUACUUGUCUGAGCAGUUCUGCAUUUCUAUGAAAAACAAUACGAAACUCCUGCAUUUUCAAAGAAGAGGGAAAAAAGUCUCAGCUUUCUGGGCUUUUCUGUGAGAUUCUGCUGCAGGUUUAUAUUUUAAAUGUCAUUUUCCACAUAUAGCUGCAGAUUUUAACAAUUUCCCUUGUAAUAUAAUUUAAAUAAAGCAUUUAAGUGAAGCAAUAUUACAAUCACAGCAGGUUCUGUUUGAUUAUUUAGUGAGCAAAUCCCCUUGUGCCCAAAUAUAUCAGUGAACAUAAGAGCUACUCAGCAGUUCUUUCAUAUUGACUUUGAUUUUCACUUCAAGAACAAAAUAAAACAUUUGCACUUCUUGGAGCUCCUUGCAGCCAUAAAGGAAAGAAAGUUUCCACAAUUUAAGAUUUAAGAAGGGAAGUAGCAUCUCGGUGCUGCUAAUGAAAACAUGCUUAUAGGUGACCUAUUAUGCUGUAGGUUUAUGGGCGACACAAAACACAUUCCUUACAUCUUUUGCACAAAAUCACUCUUAGUUAAUGAGAUUUUAGUCUAAUCAGUUGUGUCUGUGAGCUGUUUUAGGGCAUCUUAUCUCUUUAAAUUUAAAUAAGCUGAAACUGAAAUGGCUGCAAACAGAUUCGCAGUUAUACAACCAUACAGCUUUAUGCAUCUUUGUGCAAAGAUAAACUUUUGUAUCUUUGAACAUCUUUGAUUAUGCAAAUAAGGAUUCUUCAUAAAACACACAAAAAAUUAAUGUAAUGCCAAAAAACCGGCUAUGUGUUUUAAAUAGUUUUAGAACCAAAUGGAAAUACAAAAACAUUGAAAACGUGAAUUUUGUAAUGUGUCGCCUUUAACUUUCAUGACAGACCAGUAGGAAAGGGACAAAUAGUUUAGAGCGUAACCUCUCGCAGAUCUGGUUCAGUUCUCUCCAAACGUUUAUUUCAAAGCCUCUGAAACCGAUCACUGUUUGUUUUGACACGAUAAGGAGACAAAUGAGCUUUUAAUCCGUCCCAGGAGACAGCAGGGUCUUUAGCAGGGUCUUUAGCAGGGUCUUUAGCAGGGUCGUAAGCCGUGAGAGAGGUGUGUACUCUCAUCUGGUGCUUUAACACCUCAAAAUGUAGAUGUUACAUUUUAACUGCUGAGCCGUCCCCGGUUCCUCUAGGUGUUUCAGGUUACUUCAUCUGUGAUUUUCCAAAAGAAGAAACAAAUAAAAUGAGUUUGUUGUUAAAAUGAGCCAUUUUUCUCCUCCACAAUCCUUGCGGAAAUCACAGGUGUAUCUCCAGCUGUGUUUUCCUGGUAACUCAUGUCCAGCUGAAACUUUUCUGAUAUUCAGAACCGGUGCGGCUCUUGCAGCGUUUCAUCCCCAGUAAGCGAUCUCUCUGCCAUCUUUAUUGUGGUGCUUUUUGUCGUGUGUGGUGCAAGAGAAACAGUUUGCUACAAAUAAACCUGGAUAACCAAUCAGAGGUUGAAAAGAAGGACCUGUAUGAAACUCUUGGAUGGGUCCCAUCAUUGUCUGUUUCUGCCAUGCAAUAACUGGUGCACUCUGUGUGAACAUUACAAUAAAAUUAAAGUCCUCCAGGUUUAUUUGUGGUCUGAUUAAUAUUUCUAGUGCCUAAGUGCAGAAAAUGGUGAAUUCUGUGAUUAAAAACAAUCUCUGUCUGACCUUCAACUCCACUGCUGAAUUAUUUGCUCCUUUUUUGUUCUUUCAAAUUUAAUGAGGUUCAGUUUGAAUAAAGUCUCUG